AAUCAAAUGUAAUGACAAGAUAUUUUUGUUAAUAUUCGAAUAAGCAUAUUAAGUCGGCGCGUCAUUCGUCAAAAACGCCAUCUAGAUGUUUUCAAAAGACAUUGGUUUAAACAUUCAAUUGUAAAUUCUUUAAUUCUUUUUAAUGCGAUUUUAUCUGAGGUAAUAUCGAAAUAUUUGAUUUUUUUAUAAAAUUUAUAUAGUAAUUGAAAAAGAGAUAACAUAUGGAGAUAACUAAAACUGAAUUACAAGAUUCUAAAAUUAAUCCUGAAGAUGUUUGGAAAGAAUUUAAUUGUCCAAAAUAUGUUACCCAUCUUUGUUUUAAAACUGAAAAAUUACCAAAAGAAGUAUUUGAUUUUGAUAGACAAUUAAAAUUAGACACACAUCGAAUUCUCCAAAAAUUAGAUGAACUUAUAUCUGAUCCUGUAACAAGAGAUACAAGUGUACUUCGUAUAUGUAGACUUUUAUUUGAUUUCCUUAAUGAAGUAGGAGAUGAUGGUUAUAAAAUUAAAGAUUUGCCAUUGAUAAUAAAAGUAUUAAAAUUUUUGGCUGAAAAUGUUAAAACAGUUGAAGAAUAUAAAUUACAUCUUAAUAGAAUGUUGGAACUUUGUAAUAUUCCACCUUUGUUAGAAAAAUCAUCUGAUAGUUUAAUUCUUGAUGAUAUAAUGGAACAGUAUUUUACAUUGUUAGGACAUCUUCUUAUAAUCUUGCCAACUGAACACCAAAUAUUAAAGAUUCAUAGAAUUCUUCAUUCUUUGUUAUUAAAAACAGAAAUAAAAAAUAUUGCUGCAGUAAAAUUGGAACAUUGCCGUAAAGCAAUGGAAAAAUCUAAAUUGCCAAUAAUUAUAGCUGAAUUAUUACGUACCUCUUAUUUAAAGAUGUAUGAAAAAAUUUUACAACUAGUUUUCUUAUUAUCAUCUAUCUCUUAUGAAAGUUGCUAUAAAAUGCUAGAAGCUAAUAUACUCAAUACCAUACUUAUUAGAAUGGAUCUUCCUUUUGCAACUCAAAUACAUUGCAAGCGUCCACCUGAUAUGUUAUUAAAAGGAAAUGAAUACAGUGAUGAAACAAUUCUUUUGAUAAUGAACAUAUUAUGGAGCUUGAUGAAAUCUCUUACAUUUUCUAAUGAAAAAUUAAUUAAUUUAAAAAAGAAUUUAAUACCAACUCAUUGUGCUUUAUGGGGUCUAUGUUAUACAUUUAAACGACAAAUAUAUUAUAGUAAAUAUAGAUAUUUUAAUACAAAAGUUAGAAAUGAAAUUGCUAUGAUUAUUCUUAUGAUUUCAAUUAAUUUACCAUCUUGGAAUCUUGUUGGUAGUGGUAUAGCUGAUAUUAUUAUUGAAAUAUUAAUUGGAAUUGAAACUAAUUCUGUUAGAAUAUUUUCAGAAAUAAUAACAUUUGGCACUAGUAUUGAAGAUUUAUAUCUUGAAAAAAUUAUAUUAUUAAUUAUUAUAAAUUUAGCAGAAGUUAAUGCUUGCGUAAUUAUAUUUUUAAUAUGUUUUAUGUACAUAAAAAAUUAUAAAAAAUAUUUUAAUAUUUUAUUAUAA